GGUGAAGGGGGAGGAAGUGGGCGAGAGCUCCAGGAUCCGGCCCUGAGCCUGGCGGGGGAGGUGUGUAUUUGCUCUGGGCUGGAAUUAAACCGAGUCGGUUCAUUUUGCUGUUUACAUAAACGUGAGCGGACCCAUUGGUUUGAUGUCCCGCCUCCUCAGGUGAUGAUAAUGGACAUUGUCAGAGGUCAGCUUGAUGAGAUUUCACGCCCAGCAUCUGAUUCUCGAACUCGUCCUGGGAGCCGGGUGGCAAGUGCUGCAUCACCAGACAGGCGCCGUUUGAGUGUGCGUUCCUCAGGAGCUAUGGUGGUUUUAACUCCUGAACCAAUUUUACCUCAGGAAAGGUCUGACCCUUUGGAUAAUCAUAUUAACUCCACGGAUUCCACAGCAAAUUCUUCCUUUGAGAAUUUGGACAGUCAGCAUGAAACCUUUAAUGAGCAAGAUGGAGUGAACAGUUUGGAUAUUGACAGUGUAGAUGCCAGAACACCCUGUGAAUCUAAGUUAUCACCAGAGGAACAUUUGGACUCCAUUGUACAAGAAAUGCAUGUGUCAGACAAAUCAGCUGACUGUGAAGUGGACCCAGAGAAUCAUUUGUCUACUGCAGAUCAAACCAAACCAUCAAAGGAGGAGUCUGACCACAAUAACCAAGAAGAUUUGGAUUAUAAAGCUGAAGAUGCCCAACUUGAAGAGGCAAUAAUGAAAAUGGAAAAGCUGGAUAAAAUUUUGGUUAUGAAGCAGGAGAAAGAAAGGCAAGUGAAGAAACAAGGAGAAGAGCUAAGGAAAAAGCUUUGGGAGGAGUUUCAGAGGGAGGAAUUGGUGGAGUGCCCUGAGGUGGCAGAAAAUACAAAGAAGUUUCUAGCUUUGACACCAACUGACAAUGGUGUAGACUUGGAGGUUACACCAAUAUUCCACACACAACUCCCCAUGGAGGAAUAUGAAAGAGCUAAUGAUGAAAGAGACCAAGAUUGCCAAGACAGUAGUGAAAGAGUUAAAUUAACUUCAGAAGCCAAAUUACCUUCAGACGCAAACUCUAAAAAUGCCCAUUACAAAGACCAAAGGAACCAAACAUUCUCCCAAAAUAGGAUCAAAGUUAAAGAUUUUGUUAAGAAGAACAUUGAGUUGGCAAAAGAAGCAAAGAACCCAGUGCUACUGACUGAUGAUGAGAAAAAAAGAUUAGCAGAACUACUGAUGGACGUUGAAGCUGAUUCAUCAAUUAGUGAAGACACUUCAGUUCCCUGGGCAUUAUCUGUGGUAGAAAGAGAAGGAUACACUCCAGAACCCAUGGAUCAACAACAGUUGGCUGACAUAGAUGCCAAACUGCAAGUUUUCAAUUUGGAUGAUGAUUUCCCAAUGAUUACCAGCUCAUUGUCCAGUAUACAAACCCAGAAUUAUCAGGGCACUGUGAACAGUCAGGCAGAGAUUGGGCCAGGUGAAGAGGUCCUUAUCCAACUGCGAGAUGAAAGAGAGCUUCACUUGAGGAUGGAAGUGAUAGAACAGCAGCUGAAAAAUCUAGAGACAGCCUUCAGUGAGCCUUCUACUGGUGGUGUCCCAUACAUAUCAGAAGACCAAUUGACUUCCUUACUGGAUGAAUGCAUCCGAUGCCAAAGUUUAGGAAGAAUAUCUGGAAAUGAAGAUUUAGAUUCUGACUCUGUUGCUUCUCGCUCUUUCUGUUCUCCAAGGCCUCAGUCGCUGACUGUCUACAAUAGUCCACGGCUAUCCGAAACCAUUCUUUCCCAGCUUUUGGCAGAUGCAUACAACUCAGGUCUUUCCCCAGCUCCCAGUAGAGGUGAUGGAGGGAGCAAAAUAUCAACUACUGAUCUUGAAAGUGAGGACCCUGCGUACUAUCGCAACAAAGCCAUGGUAAACAUCAGCAGGUUAGCAGUAUCAAGACCAGAUGAUAAUAUAUUGGAGAGUGAAUUGGGAGAGUGGAUGGUGAGAAAUAAUGGAGAAUCCUACAUGACCAGGGCAUUAGAGAUUAAACAAGCGAAGAAGCCUGUAUUCCUGGAUGAUCCAAGUCUUAAUGAAUUCACAGACCAGGAGCUUUCAACAAAUGACUGCAGUCCCACAAUUCCAAAGUUACUACACAUAGAUGAUGAAACUGUUGCUGACACUGGCAUGGAACAAAAUUGACUACAGUUUAUGGGAACCACAGAGCUUAAUGUCAGAAAUUUAUUAAAGAAUGACAAGUCUACUCCUGAGAAAACAUUGUUGCAGCCAAUUACUCUGGUAUUCUGAUUUUUAAUAUUUAAAUUGCCUGGUCUAUCAGCCAGAGCUGACUGACAUAUUGAAUGAGACAAGUCAU